UUUACUAAUAAGAAUCAAAAAUUUUAUAUUUUUAAAGGUUUUACUUAAUUAAUCUUAUUGAUUUUUACUAAAAAAGAAAUAUUGAUAAAAUAUUAAAAAAAUAUGUUACCUCUUUUCAAGCUUUUUUCACUAUUUGUUCGUAUAUUAGCAAGACCAGUUAUAGCAAGAACUAAAGCUCAUACUUCUUCUAAACUUUAGAAUUAAAAAUUUAGAGUAUUUUUUGUCUGGCUAGGAAAUAAGGCUCACAGAAUAAAUGUUUACAUAAAUAGAACAUUUUUGAAGCUCAAUAAUUAAGAUUUCAAAGUAUAAGAUCUAAGUGAGCCUGCCGCUCUUGAAUUAGGUGUUGAAACUUUUUAUGAAGUAAUAAUUUAUGCUUGUAUCUUGGGUUUACCAAUUAUAGAAAUUUACAGGGCUCAAGUAGAAAGUAAUGAAAAAAGUGAAAAGCAGAAAUAAGUAAUGGAAGGAAUACAUACUAGAUUAUAAAAUUUAGAAGAUGAGAAGACUAAGUAAACAAAUUAAUUAGAUUAGCUUACGUGCAUUAACACUCUUCUAUUCAAGAAAUCAUCAGUGCUUGAGAAUGUAUUAGCUACUUAAUCAGCAUUAAACUAAUAAAAUCCUCUUUUGAAGGAGUUAGAAGAAAUAAAUCUUUUAAUUUAGUAACAGUUUAGUUAAAAUACACCAUAAUAAGCAUAAGUACAAUAAUAAGAAUGA